AUGCAGGACGUUCCCGUUAUCGUCAUCGAAAAGGUCAAGAACAGCGGCAAAAAGGACUCCCUCAUCCUCACCCACGACCUCUUCAACGCUCCCAGAGAGAACAUGCCUACCUAUACCCGCCUCCUCCGCGAAGAAAUCUGGCGCACCAUUCUCCCGCCCCUGACCGAGGGCACUAGUUUCAAGAACUUUGACAUGGUCUUCUGCACCGACGCCGACUCCGUCAUCCACCAAGGCUGCGUCGCCAAGCUCGCCAACGCCCUCGCCCGCGAAAAGAACGCCAUCGCCAGCUGCGGCAUCGUCCUCGUCGAGCUCGAACCGGGCUACGAGUGGUCGUUCUGGAACCUCUACCAGCAGCUGCAGUACACCUUUGGCCAGUUCGUCCGGCGUCGCGCAGAAGGCUUCAUCGGAAAAGUCACCUGCCUCCCCGGCUGCGUCACCAUGGUCGCCGUCCGCGAGGAGAUGGCCGGCGCCAUUGCCAAAUACGCGCGCCCCGUCAAGGAAGACUGGGUCGUCCACCACCAAGUCCAGAACCUCGGCACCGACCGCCGUCUGACGUACUGCAUGCUCAGCCAGUCCUCCAAGCUGCAGACAAUCUUCGUGCCCGACGCCGUCUCUGAGACGGUCGCGCCGCAGUCCUUCAAGCACUACGUCCACCAGCGCCGGAGAUGGGGUUCCAACGCCUACUUCAACAACUACUUUUACUGCGGCGGCGAGAACAUGAUUCUCAUCACGCGGAUCGCUGCUGCCAUUGAUAUUGCGCGGCAGACGCUGGUGUACUACCGCGUCCUCAACACCAUCCUCUUCAUUCGCGCGCUCAUCCAGGCUUUCAACCCUUGGGAUAUCCUCCCGCUGCUUGUGGUGGGCCAGUUCCCUGUCAUCUGGUUUUGUGUCUGCCUGGCCGUGGAGCCAGCUCUGCGCCAGCGCGCCCACAAGAUCAUUCUCGGAUUCUUCGUCAACAAGCUCGUCUCGCCGUUCAUGUCCAUCAUCAUCUUCUCAGCUGUUGCCAAGAAUCUCGGCAACGCUGUUUGGGGCAUGUCUGGCGUCACUGCGUCGUCUGCUGCACCGCCUCCUGUUCCCAAAGAUAAGCUCUCAGAGGCAGAAGAGGGCAAAGGCGGCGCUGAGAGGCCGGAAAGCCCCAUCUCUCGGCCUCCUUCGCCGCCAGAAGUGCUCUAA